AUGAGCACGAGCUUUCUACAGCCCAAGAAUGCACUACAACGCGCUGACGAGCUUUGCUCUGUCGGCCAGGAGGUAGAAGCCUUUGAACUCCUGCAAAGGACCAUUUUGGAUAGAAAGUUUCGAUAUUUGCAAUGGGACGCAUCAUCGCAGCAGGACGUGGUGAUGCAGUUUGUGGAGUUGGCCGUGAAGUUGGAUCGCAUAAAGCAAUGUCGUGACGGGUUGGUGAACUACCGGAACCAUUGUCAGCAUGGUGUAUCAAUGCUGGGCCCCUUGGAGAAGGUGAUUCUCCAUUUCCGUGACUGUGCGGAGAAACGUGUGGCGACGAGCGAGGGUGAGUCGAGUGAGCAGGCUCUACGCGUAUGCGUGGAUGCUUACCGCACGAUCAUCGAUGUGAUUAAGAACACGCCCAAGUUGGCGCGCAUUUACCACUCCACAGUGCAUCGAGCACACGAGUGCUGUAAGAUGCACGGACUGCGGAACGAUUUCCGGCGGUUGGCGGACCUAGUGCGUUCGAACUAUGGCGCUAUAAUGAAGCUGAAGCCUCGGGGAGCGGACAACGAUGCGCAAUUGCUCGCUGACAUUGAAGACCUCAAGCGUCCUGAGAUACACAUCGAAACGAAGCUUUCACAGUUGCAAACGGCAGUCUCUCUGGAAUCUUGGAAGGAGGCCCAGCUGAGCAUCGAGGAGCUGUUCCAGCUUGGCAUCUUGGACUUGGCCACACUCCGGGGCAACAAGAAACAGGCAUUGACGCCCACUCAGAAGGCCAGUUUAUUGCUAUGCGUUUCUAACUAUUUCCAGUAUUCGUCAGAGUUCUUUCGACGUUCGGGAUUCGACGCAUUGCACGCACUUGCACUUACUCGCUGGCUAAUGCAGGUAAAGGUACAGAGCCGGAACAUAGGGCCGGAGAGUAUGCAGAUGCUGUCGUCUCUUGCCGUCAUUGCAACACUCGCAGUACCGAUUGAGCAAAAAAGGAACAACCCGCUUCUCCGGUCGCCGCGGGAUGAAGAAGAGAGGCGUCUUGCGGGUCUGGUGGGGCACGGGUAUGUCCCCACCCGUGCACAGCUAGUCCAACUCAUUGUUGAUAAGGCGAUUGUGCCGGCCGCGCACCCCAGUGUGCAGCAACUCUUUGACGAAAUCGAGCGGGGCGAAUGUAGGGCCCAAGAGGUUGCCGAAAUGUUCCACGAUAUCGAGAAUGACUUGGCGGCAUUCAAUGGCGACUGUGUCCUCGCCGCCCUCUCCGCCCCACGCAGGACAUCGGCGUUGCUAAAGUGUGUGCACACGUAUUUCCAAAACGUCCGUCGAAGUGUGUUACGGAAGGGCAUCAUGCAGGUGGCACUCAUCUACGAAUGUUUGUCACUGGAGCGUUUCAAGACACAAUUCUGUCCACCGAAUUUUAUGACUUGGCGUCAAGCGGAACGAGAGAUCGCGGCUGCCGAACGAGCGUGUGGAAUCGACAUCAAGUUCGACUUUGCGGGCAAGGUGAUUCGGUUGAAUUCGAAGCAGACCGCAGACGUGUACCUGGAAGCCAGACGCCGGACGGCGCAACUAAGUUGCCUGUUGUUAAAGACGAUUUUAGAAAACAAGGAAAUCGCGGAAGCAAAGGCACGCGAAGAAAAACUUGGCGAUAUCCGCCAGCGUGCGCAAGCAGAAGCGGCGGAGUGGAAGGGUCGCAUGGCGCUUGUGGAGAAGAAGCGUGAAGAGCUCGCCAACUUACAGCGUAUGCUCAGUGCUGGUCGCGCGGAUGCGGAUCGUGAACGGGAACAAAAGGCCGCGAAUGCGGAGGCUGCAAAAGCCCAGGCCGUUGCCGCAGAGCUUGAGGCGGGCCGGAAGCGACGAGAAGUGGAGGGUGCCAGGCUGCAAUGCGCCGCUAUUGCGAUCGAAAAGAUGAAAUUGAUUGUCAAGGCCAUUAAUGGUACACCCAACACCAUCAAGGUCAACGGCAUUACCCUUUCCGAUAUCACACCCGAAGUUCUUGUUACUCAAAAAAUCAGCAACAAACACUUCACCACAGCUGUUCAAAAUAUCAUAACGGCACAGAUGCAGCAGUCAAAGAAAAUCGCCAAACAGAAUUACAAGAAACACGACUACCUCGCUAGAGCCAUCCGCCUGGAAAGAGCCAAUCUUGCCAAAAAGGUCGAGCAAGAUCUUGAACUCCACGUGGCAGAAAUGAAGGAAGAGGCCGAAGCCGAAAGACAACGCAUCCUCAAUGUUUUCAAGGCACGUAAUGAAGCUAUCGCCAAACACAGAGAAGACAUUCUCGAAUGGCUGGAUUCCAGGUAG